AUAAUGAGUCUGUAGAUAUAGCUUCUUCUAAUAAUAAAGUACAAAUGCUUGAAGAAAAUUUGAAUAAAGAAUUAGAAGAAUUAGAGGAUGAAAUUGAUAUGAAUAAGAUGCAAGAAGACUUGUCUGUACAUGUGUUAAUUGACUAA